GUAAUUUUUAUUGACAUUUUAUUUAGUAGUAUUAUCCAAACAAAUCUCGUGUGCCAUAUUGUUGACUACCUGAAACUUAAAAGCUAUGAGUAUUUCUAUGCUUGCUGGCUUGCAGAACGGUUGCCUCGAUUAGCUUGUGCAGAAUAAUAGGUGAAUGGAGGAGGAAAACGAGAUCCUCCAGCCGUGCAGCACCAAUGCACCAUUUUCUGGUUAAUUUCCCGUCUUUUCGGAUGAUCAUUUAACUUUGACGUCUUGAGAAUGUUGAUAGAUAGCGCAGUCGAUCAGGAGAGCCUGUGCACACGGUUUUACAAUCGUCUGCUGCGUAGCAGUCGCAGUGGUGAACAAAAACGCAAUUUGAUCUUGUGCGCUGCUGAUGUGGACGCUCUGUGUGCCUUGAAAAUCUUUCUCCAUCUGCUGACAUGCGAUCAGAUCCACUAUUCUCUGGUCAUAUGCACCAAUAUGACGGAGAUCCAGGAGGCCGUCAAAGUCCAUGGCAAGGACGUUCACAAUGUGAUCCUGAUCAACUGCGGAGCCACGGAGAAUCUGGCUAAACUCCUGCGUCCUCGCGAUCAUGUUCGCCUGUACGUCAUCGACACGCAUCGGCCCAUCCACGUGUCCAAUCUGUACGGGCAGAGCGUCUACAUCCUCACCGAUAAUUUCUUCGUGCCCUCGGCGCCCGUCUUCGAGGACGUGUAUCGUCGGGGCGACGAAGAGAAAACAGACUAUCCCGUACGCGAUUCCGAGCGCUCCGAUUUUGAGUACGAGAUGAUCGAGCGGGGCGACGUGUAUUUCGUUAAGAAGUUGAAUAAGGAGACGCAGCGGGAGGAAGAUGUGCGAAUGUAUAAGCAGUGGAGUAAAAAGACUUUAAAGGAAUGGGAGAAGCGAGCGGACCGCUGGCGCAAGGUGUACUACAAGAACGCCUGGCAUGAGCGGUCGUCUGCAUUGAAAAUGUUCGAUUUGGCCUACAUGCUCAAUAAAGACGAUGUUAAUUUAUUUUUGUGGGCGCUGGCGGGAAUCUGUGAUAUGUACAUGCAGAAGAGGAUCCUCAAGAGUGAUUUCGUUACGGAGAGUGCAGCGUUGCAAGGCCAUAUAAUCCGUCUCCUGCACCGUGUCGACGCCAAUAACAAGCAGACCCUGCGUAUCUCCUACACCAGGGACCUGGCGCUGCAUUUCUACCGCCAGUGGUCGGUGUUUGAGAGCCUUAGUCAUACUCCCUAUACUACCGCUACUUUCCGGCCCUGGGAAGAGCAGGGACAGCGUAAUCUGCAGGACUUUUUGGUGGAUAUGGGAUUGUCAUUGUCGCAGUGCCGGAUGAACUACAAUGAUGCAUCCAUGGAUAUGACGGUGCGAAAUAGUCUCUUAGACUGGUUUAAGGAGAAGGCGGAUAAACACGAUAUCCCGGAAGUCAUCCAGCCGACCUUUAUAGCAUCCUAUGCAUUUAAUCAGAAGUUUCAGAUCUGUGAUUUGGCGCUGGGAUUGUUUGCGUGUUUGACGGUCCGUGAGCAGCAUUCUUCGAAAGAUAACUUUCACCAGGCGCUGGAUAUCCUUGAUCCACGCCAUCUUUACCGUUUAGACGCGGCGUUAGAUCUGGGGAAACAACAGUUGAUGGUUAUACGGGAAUUCGUCAAGAGUGCUAUCCAGGAAAAACUGUUUACCGGUGUUCAUGGUUGUUUUUUCCAGGCUUCCUUGGGGAACCUCAAUCUCUCAACGGACGGCAUCCGUUACAUUGGUUGUCCUGAAGUGUUGAUCCCCUUGGCACAUUACCUCCAGCGCUGCUACGUGAUGAACCAGAAGGGGAAGAAGAUUCGUUCUCUUUCUUUCGUCCUCAUCGCGGAAAUGUUUUCGACAGCGGGCGAAGUUAGCGAUUACCUUUACCUGGUCGGACUGCCGCCGUGGGAACCGGAGACUAUAAAGAACUCCAUGGGAACUCUUUUCGACCGGGCAGCGGCGUCAUCGGGAGUGGAGAUGCAUCGUGAUUCGUUUGAGAAGUUUUUGGUGAGAAUCCCUAAAGCUGGGAAGCAGCUUUUCAUGGAGCAUAUGGUGUACCGAUUCAUGGAUCAAGACACCACGGAAUUCGAGACGUUAGUCAAAGAACGCAGUGAACGCAUUAAACGAACGAAAGAACGGCAAGCUAAAGCAAUGUUGGUAGAAAAGGCGACAGAGGCUGAAGAGCAAGAAAAUUUUGAAGCGGAUUUCGAUGAUUAACGGUGCCUGAUGUCGGUGCUGUGCCAUGUCUGGCAGGGCUGAAUCCCAGUAUUACGAAUAAGCACUAACAAUAUUAAAUUGACUUAAUUCCGAUUUGAACAGUUUUGGGUUCCUUUCUGAUUCUUUUUAUCAGUUAUGACUGGCGGUUCUUCUGGUAAAACUUCAGGUUAUGACGUUCGAAUUUUGUACAGUUUACAACUUCACAAAGCGUUUUUGCUGCAGUUCUCAUGGUCGUAAACUGCGCCUGUUAAUGCGCAUUUGUGGUCACUGUAACGUGGG